UCGUGUAUUAUUGCAAUAUUAACAGAUACAUUAGACAUAUCACUGUUUUGUAGUGUGACAAUGUAAAAUAUAAGCGUAGACUACACAUUUUCCGGGUAAACUACCGAUGUCACAUUUGAAAGGGUCCGUGCUUGGCUGGACUCUGGGUUGAAGGAAGCUUGUCCGCCCGGCAGUCGGAGCGGAGGGGGACUCGGCUGAGGGAGCUUCAGGCGGAGAGUGAGCUGGCGACGGACACUGAAAUAUCUCCACGGCGGCUUUCCUAACAUCUUAAAUCACCGGAGCGAUGAGCAUACUUCCACUGUAGCGGUUUCGUGUCAUAUCCAGAUUGAACAAUGUGAUUGUGAUCGGAGGCAGCUGCACUCCAAUGGUCAAGGACCUCUCCUCACUUCACUAGAAUGUACUUGAUGAAUGUGCCUCCUGUCGCAGCGACGCAAUCGGAAUGGAGAACAUGUGGUCCACCUGGAGGCUAUAGCCUUCCAAUCUGCUUCAAUGACUCUGACACUGAGUUGUCCACUAGAGGAGCACCUAUCUCCGAUAAGGUCCAGAUGAUCAUAGAGAGCCUUAGGAGCUCCCAGUCCUCACUCGAGAUGGGCGACGAGAUCGAGGGAAAUGUGCCACCAGGACAGGAAAGUCACCCCACAGUCUGCAAGGUUGCAGUGGGCUCUUAUGUGGGAGCCAAGUCCAAAACUAAAGGUCCCACUGAAAACCAACAUGUAGGUGUUUCCUCCCCAGUCAACCACGAGAGCACUGACUCUGACAGUGAUGAUUCUGUGGACAGAGGAAUUGAGGAGGCAAUCCUGGAAUACCUGAAGGAAAAGGAUGAUCACAAACGAAAGGGGGAAACAUGCUUCACCUUUCUCCAAUCAUCCAAAAUUCCCAGGAAAAGCCCACCUAUUCCUGAGGUUUCCAAACAGAACUCUGACAGCAAUACGUUUUUGAUUGCCAGUAGCCAGUUUCCCAAGAGUAUCAAAGUUGAGACUCCUACAUCAUCAGCUGUAAUACCUAUAAAAAAGUAUAUCAAGAACAAGGCUGCCCUAAAUGACGACACAGUUAAGAAACUGGAUUCAAAUAAAAGUACAGCUACCAAAAGUUUAGUCUUGCCAAAAGAGCAGACAAAGAGCCCCUCUAAAAUAAUUAGCCCCUUCAACAAAGUAAAGUGCCCGGUCACCAUUAAGGUGGAGGAAGACUCAAAUGAUUCCAGCAGUGAUGACGGCAUCGAGGAGGCCAUUCAGAGAUACCAGUUAGAGAAAAAGGAGCAGCAGAACAAAAGGGAAACUUUUAAUCCACACGCAUUCAAAGAUGAGUCUGACUCUACAAGCGAUGAUGGGAUUGAAGAAGCUAUUCGCUGCUAUCAGCUUGAGCAACUCAAAGAGAAAAGCACCCUGAAACCAUUCAUACACAAGCAAAAACCCUUAACUAAGUCAUUAAUUCAUAAUGUUGGAAAUACAAGCACGGAAAACAUGAAGAAACACAAACUGAGAAAGAAAAAGACCAGAGCGGAGAGAGAAGUAAAAUCUGUUCAACUUCCUCCUCCAUCUGUUUUCACACCCAAGAACACACCUUCAGAGAGCUCAAAGGGUAAAGGAAAUGGAUUGCUUUUGUUCAAAGUAGAAAGUUUUAAGGAUCAACCUACCCCUGCCCCUCCAAAGGUUAAUACAACUGCAGAGCUCAUGUGUGCAGAGGCAAUACUGGACAUCUCAAAAACUGUUAUGCCUGGGGCCUUCCAUCAUGGUGUCGGUCUUAGCACUUGUGCUCUGACCGAACCUUCCCUGCUAUCUUCACCUCCUGACAACUGCCCAGAUGAAGAAAGUGAUGGCAGUUCUAUUGAUAGUGAAGACGGAAUAGAGCAAGAAAUCAGGAAAUUUCUUGAGCAGAAGGCCCAAAUGCACAAACAGCCACUCACUGCCAUGACUCAAGAGCCUCCAAGUGUAAAUGAGCCAGAGAAAGUAAAAGCAAAACAAGUUGCAAUCCAAAAGAAACCUCAACGAUUGUCUUUGCUACAGCGAAGAAAACACCAAGAGGAAAAUUGUAGCAUCUCCAACACAUCAGGGACAGAUAACAAUGUUAAAGAAAUGGCCCCUGAACCUUCACUUGAGCAUGGAAAAGAAUCCAGCCCAUUAGUGCUUUCACAAGGAAGUCCAGCACACCCAAUAGCUGGAUUACACAAGAGAGAGCAAAGUGGAGACAAAAGCAGCUCACUUGACAGUGAUGAGGACCUAGACACGGCUAUAAAAGACCUGCUCAAGACAAAAAAGAAGUCGAAGAAGAAAACGAGAGAUUUAAAGCGGAAAUCAAGGAUGUGCCUCAAGGAUGAAGAACCACUGCUGGGGAAUGCUUUAGAGACCAAAAAGUUGAAAGCUGAUCCUAUUUCAAAGCGCAGUUCUUUGAAAAAAGUAGAAAGGAGUAAGGAUGACAUGAAAGACAAGUGUGGAUUGAGUAAAAAGAGCAUUUUACAACUUAAACAAACUAAUAAGAGUAAAGAGCAUGAAGGUCAAACAGCAACUGAGCGUCAGGACCCCCCAUUGCCACAGAAUGCACAGACUGCUCUUGAGAUAAAAGAAGAUAGCAGUUCAGUAGACAGUGAUGAUAGCAUAGAGCAAGAGAUCAGAAGGUUUCUGGCUGAAAAGGCCAAAGCAGAGAAAAGUAAAGAAGGAGAUGUAUCGAGAAACGGUACCAUCUUGGCUUGUACUCCACUGCAAGAUGAAGACAUUAAACAGGAAAAUCAGCUGGCUGAAAUUCCGAGAAAAAGUAUCAGUCCUCUCCCUGGACAAUCUCCCCUGAGGAGUCAGCCCCUUCCAGCGCCACAGAGUUUGCUGCCAGACGUCUCCACGAGUGCACAAUCCCAUCUGCCGUCAGUCCAGUCCUGCAGCCCCAGUCUUUUGGAGCCAGCAGACGGGGCGGGGGCUGCUAGAACUGAGCAAAGGAGGCCUAGCUCUGGGAGAGGUGACAGCCAGGAUGCCACCCCACAGACGGAGAGAGUUCGGCCAGUUCUGAGUCCUAGCAUUGCUCAUUCUCGCUCAGAGUCAAUCAAGUGGCGCCAGAGCUUUGGACUCCCUGCGACUGACACUAGGACUCUCAGUCGAACUCCAUUCCAUAUCACAUCAUCUAAAAUCAGCGAGGCUGCAUCAGCAGUUCCACCAUAUCAAAGCGGGGGCCCCAAAUCACAGACUCCAGUCAAUGUUUGGUCUUCUGCACGGACCAGCAGAGCACCUUUCCCCUGCUCUGCAGAGACAAAUGUAAAUACCACAUUCAGAUCCCCUGUUUUGAAUUUUUUGUCUACUGCCAGGCAUCCAAGGAUGUCCUUUGCACGGAGCCUUGCGCCUGGCCACAGGUCACAGUGCCCCGUAGAAGGAGAGACUGAGAGCAUGGUACAUAUACCUAAGGACAAGAGUGUGUUUGUUGAACUGGAAUCUAAUAGGACCAACCAUGUGCAGGUUCGAAGCAGGGAAAGGAACGAGGGAAAGGAGAGAGUGGACUUGCUAAGUGAGAAAAAAAGAGAAGGCGAGAGCAUGAAGAUAGAUAAUAAAGAAGUACAUCCAGAAAGAACAGAGGAAGAAUUUAUAGACGAGGCAAAUUGUGAGUCAGGCAACAGGAGAAAUCCAGACAAGAAGCAGGGCUUUUCCACAGUGUCUUUGUCCACUGCCAUUGACCCUGGCUUCACCUUCAGACCUUGCAUAGCUCUUACCACAGAGGAGAGAAGCAGCAUGUUCAAAAGGAGGUACCUGACUGAAAAAUGCAAGGAGGAGGUCUCUUCUCACAGGAGAGCUCCUGUGCAUAACAAGACUUUGAAACAUGUCAAAAGGAAGCUUCAGUUUGUUCCAGUCAACAGGAGCAAUGAAGCACCCAGCCACCACAGCAUAACAGAGCAGAAGACUGAAUUCUGCAUUUGAGCGAUGCACAUGGAUGAUGUGUGAUUGAACAGUAUUUUGCACUUUAUUGUUUAUUUAUGUAAGGGUUGCUGUCAGUGUUUAUAUUGUGGGAUAGUGGCAAUUUUAUUUUUAUUUUAUUUUGGUUUUUGGCCAUAGUACAUAGGAACAAGUUUAAGAUCACGUUUGCCGAUGCCAGUUAAGGGUAUUUCUUCUUUAACAGUGUUAAAGAACACAGCCCCUAAACUCGCACCUGAGCGUGGAAAAGAAUCCAGCCCAUUCAUAAAGAAGUCCAGCACACCCAAUUGCUGGAUUACACAAGAAAGAGCAAUAAAAUAAAAGACCUGCUCAAGACAAAAAAGAAGUCGAAGAAGAAAACGAGAGAUUGUCGCUGCUGAGAAAUACUAUAGAGACCAAAAAUUUCAAAGCUGAUCCUGUUUCCAAGCGUAAUUCUUUGAAAAAAGUAGAAAAGAGUAAGGAUGACAUGAAAGACAAGUGUGGAUUGAGUAAAAAGAGCAUUUUACAACUUAAACAAACUAAUAAGAACAAAGAGCAAUAUAUGUAUGAAUGUGAAAUAGCAACUGGGGGUGAGGACACCCCUGUUGCCACACAAUGCUCAGACUGCUCUUGAGAUAAAGGAAGAUGGCAGUUCACUAGUCAGUGAUGAUAGCAUAGAUCAAGAGAUCAGAAGGUUUGUGGCUGAAAAGGCCAAAGCAGAGAAAAGUAAAGACGGGGAUGUAUCGAGGAACAGUACCAUGGCAUGUACCCCACUUCAAGAUGAAGACAUUAAGGAAGGAAAAUCACUCUCUGUCACUCUCAGUCUCUCUGGACAAUCUCCUGAGGAGUCAGCCUCGACUUAUUUAAGUUAAGGGUUGCUUUUAUUUUUUAUAGUCAAGGCAAUUGGCAAUUUCAUAUUUUGGUCUUUGGCUCUUUUUUUGUUUUGUUUUUACCUUUUUCUUACAGGACAGAUUUUUUUUUUUAAGCUGAGAUGUUUUGCAGUGUUGCAGUGUUCUCCAAAAUAUGUAACAGUACAUGGAGGAAGGUUUAAGGUCACUUAUUUGAUUUACUAGUUAAGGGCAUUUCUUAUUUUUUUGCAGUUUAGACUAAAACGUAAAUCUGAGUAUUUUGCCAUUCUUUACUCAUGUUUCUCUUGAUUUUGUUUCAUGCUGUUACUGAAUAAUUGUAAUUACAGGUGUCAUAGUUUGAGUGAGUUGCUGUUCUUUAAAAUUGAAUUUGAGUUGUCCUGAAGAAGAUAGCUGCCAUGAAUUCUUAUUCAUACUGUUGUCUUUCUAAGAAGUGCCAUCUUUAUUGAAAACAAAAAGGACUUGUUGCUUUACAUGAAUGUUGUUCGUUUGUACCUUUUUGAGCAAAACAACAUCAGAGCACUGAUGUAAUGUUUUUUUUUUCAAUAAAGUUGU